AUGAGUUUUCUGCAAACGUUAGAUGCAGCUGCACCUGUACUUGCAGCCUUAAAGGAACCCAUAGUCAUAGCAAAAGUGGAUGCAGACAAGUUUACCCGUCUUGCGAAAAAAUAUGACGUUAAUGCUUAUCCUUCCCUUAUGCUGUUUAUACAUGGUGUACCCACAGACUAUCGUGGACCAAGGAAAGCAGAUCUACUAGUUCAUUAUCUAAAGAAAUUUGCUGCUCCAGAUGUUACCAUUCUUGAUUCAGAUUCUGCUAUUAAUAACUUCAUUGAAGCAGCCGGCACUUUAUUCCCCAUAUUUAUAGGUUUUGGGUUGAGUAGUUCUAUGAUAGAAAAGUCAGCCUUUAAGUAUAAGAAAAAUGCAUGGUUCUCCGUGGCAAAGGAUUUUUCAGAGGAUGUCAUGGGAUCGCAUCAUUUUGACAAGGUUCCUGCUCUGGUUUCCAUUAAUCGGGAUUACAAUGAGUGGAGCACUUUAUAUGGGCCCUUUGAAGAGAAGUCAUUGGAAGAUUUUGUGAAACAAAACCUGAUUCCCUUAGUGGCACCUGUAUCCUUUGACACACUAAAGUUGAUGGAAAGUGAUGGGAGGAGAAUUGUCUUGACAAUUUUCGGCGACGAGGAUGAAGAAAGAUCAAAGAAAUUCAUUAAGCUUUUAAAGGCUGCUGCAUCUACAAAUCGUGACUUAAUAUUUGGUUAUGUUGGUGUUAAACGGUUGGAAGAUUUUGCUGAAAAAUUCAACCUCAAUAAGUUACCAAAGAUGGUUGUUUGGGAUGGAAGUGAUGACUAUCUAUCUGUUAUUGGUUCAGAAAGCAUUGAUGAGGUGGAUCAGGCAACUCAAAUCAGUAAAUUUCUUGGAGGAUACAGGGAAGGCAGAACCACACAGAGAAGACUCGGUGGCCCAUCGCUCUUGCGUGCGAUGAAAAAAUCUUCAGCCAUCAGAAUCUUGUAUGUCUUUAUUGCCGUGAUUGCAAUACUGAUGCUUCUGCUGAUCUUUUAUAAAGGAGAAGAUGAUGAGUACCAGAGGGUACUCGGUGAAGAACAGGUUGAUCAUGCUAGCUGCUCUGCCUUGGAGGCUGAAAGCAAAGAGUAUAAACCUGAAGAUAAAGAAGAUUAAACAUUUCAUUGACAUUAUUAUUGCAUAUGGAUCUGCUUUAGAAUUGAAAUAGUUAUUGGCAUCAGGUAGAUAUCAUUGGCUGCAGAGUUUCACAAUUUUUGUGUAGUCCAGAAAAAUUCCGCAUUUUAUUGAUGCAUUUAGGUAUUUAUUGCAAUCAAUAUGGGUUUAGUUAUGCUAAGAUGUUCUGGAGAUUAUAACUAUCAAUGCUGAUUAUUAUUUAUUGCAAUGGUUUUUCUAUUUAGUUUUACAAUUUUCCGAAAUGUAUCAUUCUAGUUUAGCAUCUAUAAUGUAUAGUUGAAUGAAGCAGAUGUACUUGUAAAUACGGUGCAUGGACCAUACUUGUAAAUAGA